UUGACCAAUGGCGAUGGUGCUGGAUGCUUUUGCAUCCUUCAUCGGGGACUACCUCAAACAGGUCGUACAGUAUGAGCUCGGAACGAUGCUGGGCGUCUCCGGCGAGAUCCACAAGUUGGGUGACAGGCUUCAGGACCUCAAGAACUUCCUCGCCGACGCCGAUAGGAGAAACAUCACCGACGAGACCGUCCAGGUCUGGGUGGCUCAGCUCAAGCGUGCCAUGUAUGAAGCUGCUGACAUCCUCGACCUCUGCCAGCUCAAGGCCAUGGAGAAGCGUGGGCCAUCCUCUGCAGAAGCAGGGUGUUGCAACCCCUUGCUUUUCUGUAUGCGGAAUCCCUUCCAUGCUCGGGAGAUCGGCACCCGCAUCAAGGCGCUCAACCAGAGGCUUGAUUCCAUCAAGCAGCACAGCGCCGCUUUCAACUUCAUCAAUCUUGGGUCAUAUGAGGAUUGUCAUAGCAGCAAUGCCCAUGCAUCUCGUCAUGGCAAUCCUAGCCGGGAGACGGUAGGGGACUUUGACCGGUCGGCUAUUGUUGGGGACAAGAUUGAAGAAGACACAAGAGCACUGGUAGCCCAAAUCAUGCAGAAGGGAAAGGAUGUCAACAAUGGCAUCAAGGUGGUCUCUAUCGUAGGUGUUGGUGGGAUCGGCAAGACCACCCUUGCCCAGAAGGUCUUCAAUGACAACACAAUCCAAGGUGAAUUCAGCAAAAAGAUAUGGUUGAGUGUCAACCAAAACUUCAGUGACGUUGAUCUGCUGAGAAGGGUCAUCAUCGAAGCCGGAGGAGGUGCCCAACCACCUGAAAGUUCAAAGACCAGCCUUCACAAAACCCUCAAGAACACAUUGAUCGACCACAAGACCUUUCUGGUAAUGGAUGAUGUGUGGAACCAUAGAGCAUGGGAUGACGUGCUGAAAAUACCCUUAGACAAUGCUGCUGCUUCAGGCAGCAGAGUCCUCGUCACUACCAGAGAUGAAGGUGUUGCCCGAGGGGUGAAAGCUAUGUGGCCGUACCACCAUGUAGAUGCUUGGUCAUUGCUCAAGAAGCAGGCAUGCUCAAGUGAGAUAGAUGAAGACCACAUCAAUACGCUAAAGGAUAUCAGACUGGAAAUUAUACAGAAAUGUGAUUGUUUACCAAUUGCUGUGAAAGUGAUGGGAGGACUCUUGCGUGAAAGUGGGGGGCUACGUCGUGACUGGCAGCAGGUUUUGGAUGAUUCUAAAUGGUCAACAACUAAAUUGCCCGAUGAUCUCAAUCAUACAGUAUACUUAAGCUAUGAGUAUAUGCCUUCUUACCUGAAGCAGUGCUUUUUAUACUAUUCUUUUCUUCCUAAAAGUAGAAUUUUUAAUAUAGAUAAAGUCGUGGCAAUGUGGAUAAGCGAAGGAUUUAUUCAAGGAAACUCUAGUGAUUUGGAAGAAUUGGGAAGAAAUUACUACAAGGAGUUGGUAUCUAGGAGCAUGAUAGAGCCAGAUAAAUUUUUGCGGACUCUGCAUAUAGAAUCUGCAGAUAUGGCUGUAUUGGUUGAAUCAUUGUAUCAGCUCAAGCACCUGAGGUAUCUUGCACUAGUAAAUGCCGACAUAUCUAUACUUCCAGAGAACAUUGGCAAGAUGAAACUGUUGCAAUUCCUUGUCCUUGUUGGAUGUAUAAAAUUGGUGAAUCUUCCUGAUAGCAUUGUGAAGCUUGGCCAGCUGAGGUUACUUUCACUUCCUGGAGGAUGUAUGGUACCUAGAGGGUUUAGUGGUCUGACAAAUAUGAGGAGACUAAGUAUAUUUCAAGCCCACAUGUAUAUUUAG